CCACGAUUCUCAACUGUGGCAAGGAUCCCUGCAGCUGCAAGAUAAUGUCUAUCAGAUUUGUUGGCAAAUUUGAUCCAAUCACAAAACAAGUACGACCUCGGUUUGUCCUAAACUGUCAACAUUUCCUCGUAAAAGGCAUUAGGAGGCACCUCAUAGGGUGUGGCUGCUUGUUGCUGGUUUCUUAAUUUUGUAGCUUUGCAGAAAUGUUUGCUAUUUUUUUGGCAAGAGUAGUAAGCAGUUUAGCCAAUCACUAUACAAAUAUUAACAACGUGGGUGGGGCCUGGAAGAGAAGUUGGAAAGUAAACAUUGCUGUUCAAUUUCUGUUUGUGUUUUUGUAAAUUGUUGUGUGCAUUUUUGAAGCAAGAGGAUUGCAAAUGUGGUCUUUUAUAAGUGGCCUCAUUAGAAGUGGUAUUGGUUCAAUCCAAUAUGUGAUUGCUGCUGUUUUAAGAUUUUUCUUUGCAAAGAAAAGAGCCCCAAUAACCCUUGAGGAUCCCAAUGUGAAGUACAGCUUGAAGUUGAUUGAUAAAGAGAUUAUAAGUCAUAACACAAGAAGAUUCCGCUUUGCACUGAAGUCCCCUGAUCAUGUUCUGGGGCUUCCCAUUGGACAGCACAUUUACCUGUCUGCCAGGAUAAAUGGGGAUCUUGUCGAGAGACCCUACACCCCAGUAUCAAGUGACGAUGACAAGGGGUACGUGGACCUUGUCGUGAAAAUUUAUUACAAAAAUGUCCACCCCAAAUUUCCUGACGGAGGGGAAAUGUCCCAAUACCUGGAAAGCCUUCGUAUUGGAGACGCCAUUGACUUCAGGGGACCGAGCGGGCUGCUUGUGUACCAGGGGAAAGGGAAGUUUGCCAUUCAUCUUGAUAAUAAAUCUGAUCCAGCGAUCAGUACUGCCAAACAAAUUGGAAUGAUAGCUGGUGGGACGGGGAUUACACCCAUGCUUCAGGUAAUCCGGGCAAUUAUGAAAGACCCAGAGGACAAAACUGUCUGUUACUUGCUGUUUGCAAACCAGACAGAGAAGGAUAUCUUGCUGCGGCCAGAGCUGGAGGAGAUCACAGUAAAAUAUCCAUCACGAUUUCAUUUGUGGUACACCCUAGACCGAGCUCCUGAGGACUGGGAGUACAGCCAAGGUUUCAUCAAUGAAGAGAUUAUCAAAGAUCAAAUGCCACCACCCGGAGAUGACACCCUUAUCCUGUUGUGUGGGUCUCACCCAAUGAUUCAGUUUGCUUGCAUGCCUAACCUGGAGAAACUAAAUUAUGACAAUAGCAAGAUCUUAACAUUUUAAUUUCCAUUAGUAUUUAAAGCAGGGUUUUACGUAAUUCAGCAGGAUUGCACAUUUUAGGUCAUUGUGGAAUUCAAACCUGAAAUCUGGGGGCCCAUAAUAACCUAAGAUACAUUUUCAAAAUUAAUUAUUGUUGGGAGUUGUGGGCAUAUGAGGGUUUUGAUCAAAAGGACUUAAACUUUCCAUAUGAAUGGAAAUACAAACCGUGAUAUAUGGUUUACUCCCUGCUUCCAUUUCAUACAAGAUGGCUGAUCAAGCUGUAAAUUAGACAGGAAUGUAACUUUGCUCUACUACUAAUGGAAUGUAUAUCUUGAUAUGCUUGGUGUGAAUGAGAGACGGCUAAUAUAUAUUGUGCUUAAAAAUGCAGUUUGAUUCUGACAUUGCUUUUUGACAUGCAACACACACACUUAAUGCAACUCUCAGUGUGAUGAUUUAUUUUAUUUUUUUGCUAUGCAGUUAUUUUAAGAAGCUACAGUGACAUGGCUCCCUUUCCCUUUAUAAUCGAGAGUUAAUACAUGCAAACACCCAGACUGACAGUGAUUUCAUGACUUUGUAAACAUUUGUCAGUAUUAUUAUGUCUGGUUUCUCUGGCUACUUUUAGUGUUACUAUAUACAGUACCAUAUGUUGAUCAGAAGGUGGCAGUAUUAUUAUGUGCCUACAUAAGUAAUAUGUACAAAAAAGCUUAGUUCCUUGUAGUCAGUGAUUAAAAAGAGAAUCACCAAUAUGUGGUUUAUGAGAGGGUUAUAAAAAUACACAUUUCUGUAGGUAGUAUCCUGCCCUUAUGAAGAAAAACCAGAAAGAUGCAUUUAUUUAAAUUGAUUACCUUUGUUUGAAUGGUUAUCUGGUGUCUGAAUCGUUCACAUUAGUUCAAAUUAAAUCGUUUGUGACAUUUGACCACAGAAAAUAAACCAAAAUAAAUGAUGAUAAUGGCGUACAAAAUUUUAAAGCCAUUUUUCUUAUUUUAAUAAAAAUGAAAAUAAGUAUGCAAUAAACUAUUGCAUAGUAAAGGCAAGUUUAUUUUUAAACAGAUUAGUGAUUUCCCCAAACACGCCAAUUCUAAAAAAAGAAAAAAGCACAGGCCCUUGUCAUGUGACUUUCCAUACAUUAGUUGGAAUGGUGAUAUAUUCCUCAGAAUAUAUGAAAAAAGCAAAUGUAUAGAAGAUAUGUUCAAUGGGUACUGUGCAAUCUGUCAUAUUUUAAAAACAUACCUGUUAACACACAUUAUUUUGAUCCACAAGUUUCAGCUGUUGUGGAUGGUAAAGAUAUUCGAACCUGCUCAAAAACCACAUUGGAAACAACAUUUUCCAGUUCUAAGAUUACAGUAUAUUUAAGCUUGCAUUAUGCUCCAGCAGUAUAUUAUGCACCAGCAGUAGCAUAAAGUUUCAGAUCGUUUUGCAUUUUCAGUUAAGACCAUUUGCAUAUUACCAAGCAGAAAGGGAGACUGCUCAUGCUUUUGUAUGCAUGCCACAGUAAGCCUCUUAUGUAAUACAAUUAUUAUGUCAAACAGUAAUUCUACAUCACAGCUUAACGUGCUUCAGGAAGCACAUUUAUUUGCAACAUUAUAUCGGUAUUCUGUUAGUAUAUGUUUGCUAAGCAUCCAAAAUGCAAUAUAGUGCAAGUAUUACCAUAUAAUAAUGUGGCUUAUUAUUACAAUGCAUGUAACAUUCCUUUCAUAAGAUAGUAAUCAUAACUUUGCAUUUUAAUUUGUUAACAGUUUUAGUUGCAAAUUAUCUUUUUGUAGCCUUUGUUGCCUUUCCUGUAAAUGUUAAAUUUCAGAAAUAUUACUGCAGAAUUUCAUUAAGAGUUAAAUGCAGUCUGCUUUUACAGGCUUGGUAAUGUCAGUUGUCCUCUAUUGAGCUGAACAGCUGGCCACCAUGUGACCUGCCCACCCAUUAAGCAAAUAAAGGAUUUGCAUUGUUA